AUUGGGCCGCCUAGUGCGUCACGUGAUCACUAGGGGGUUUCCAUAGAAACGCUUCUCUGCGGUCCAGUCUAGGGGGUCUUAGGUUGGCUGCGAUGGGCACUGGGGGCGGGAGGCCUUGGCUUUGCUUCAGCCGUCGCCGUCAAGGACCUGUCAUCAGGGUCCUGCGUAAGGCCCGGCUGGCACGGACUUACCUGUGAGGUGGGAUGGACUGGUUGCCGGACCAAGUCCCCUGCAGUUGGCAGGAGUAUGAGGCGGAGUGAUGCACGCCCAGCCGCCCAGCAUCGUUCUAGUUGUCAGAGGCAUCGCUUCGGACUGUGUGCUGCCCGUGGCUUCGUUCCCGAGCCGGGAGCCCCUUUCUCGGGGUUGGACCUACGCUGCGCGGCCAGCGGGAGGUCCCCAAGGACGGAAUCGAAAGGUCAUAUCUUUUGUCAGUGCUGUGUAACAGCAUAGCGGCUGCACCUGCAGAACUCGAAUUAGAAUUCGUAUGGAGGAGACCUUCAAGAUGGCAGAGGAGUAAGACGUGGAGAUCACCUUCCUCCCCACAAAUACAUCUACAUGUGGAACAACUCCUACAGAACACCUACUGAAUGCUGGCAGACGACCUCAGACCUCCCAAAAGAUCCGUAAUGCCUCCUGCCUGGCUCUUUCAAGAUGGAGGGGAAGCCCGUGGGAGAGCCUGCUCAUGUGGUGUCUAAACUCAAACUUUCCACCAAGGUAGAAAGCGCAGGACACUGGCUGGUGGAAGAUCACGCUCGGAUAUGGGAAGUUUUAAAGACAGAGGAGAGCUCGAUUCAGGACUGGGGUGAAGAGGUAGAGGAAGGAGCUGUGUACCAUGUCACCCUCAAAAGAGUCCAGAUUCAACAGGCUGCCAAUAAAGGAGCAAGAUGGCUAGGGGUUGAAGGCGACCAGCUGCCUCCGGGGCAUACAGUCAGUCAGUAUGAGACGUGUAAGAUCAGGACCAUAAAAGCUGGCACGUUGGAGAAGCUCGUGGAGAACCUGCUGACAGCUUUUGGGGACAAUGACUUUACCUACAUCAGCAUCUUCCUGUCAACGUACAGAGGCUUUGCCUCUACUAAAGAAGUGCUGGAGCUGCUGCUGGACAGGUAUGGGAACCUGACAAGCCCAAACUGUGAAGAAGUUGGAGGCCAAAGUUCAUCAGAGUCUAAGACGGUGAUCAGGAAUGCAAUCGCCUCCAUCCUGAGGGCCUGGCUUGACCAGUGCGCAGAGGACUUCCGGGAGCCCCCUCACUUCCCUUGCUUACAGAAGCUGCUGGAUUAUCUCAAGCAGAUGAUGCCAGGCUCUGACCCAGAGAGAAGAGCACAGAAUCUUCUUGAGCAGUUUCACAAGCAAGAAGUAGAAACUGACAAUGGGUUUCCCAGCACCAUCUCCUUCAGCCUGGAAGAGGAAGAGGAACUGGAGGGUGGCGGGUCUGCAGAGUUCACGUGCUUCUCAGAAGAUCUCGUGGCUGAGCAGCUGACCUACAUGGAUGCACAACUAUUCAAGAAAGUAGUGCCUCACCACUGCCUGGGCUGCAUUUGGUCUCGAAGGGACAAGAAGGAAAACAAACACUUGGCUCCUACGAUCCGUGCUACCAUCUCUCAGUUUAAUACCCUCACCAAAUGCGUUGUCAGCACCAUUCUGGGGGGCAAAGAACUCAAAACUCAGCAGAGAGCCAAAAUCAUCGAGAAGUGGAUUAACAUUGCUCAUGAAUGUAGAAUCCUGAAGAAUUUCUCCUCCUUGAGGGCCAUCGUUUCGGCACUGCAGUCCAAUUCCAUCUAUCGGUUAAAAAAGACUUGGGCCGCGGUCCCAAAGGACCGAAUGCUGAUGUUUGAAGAACUUUCAGACAUCUUCUCAGACCAUAAUAACCACCUGACCAGCCGGGAGCUACUGAUGAAGGAAGGAACCUCAAAAUUUGCAAACCUGGACAGCAGCGUGAAGGAAAACCAGAAGCGCACUCAGAGGCGGCUUCAGCUCCAGAAGGACAUGGGUGUGAUGCAGGGAACUGUGCCCUACCUGGGCACCUUCCUGACUGACCUGACCAUGCUUGACACUGCCCUUCAGGACUACAUUGAGGGUGGGCUGAUAAACUUUGAGAAGAGGAGAAGGGAAUUUGAAGUGAUUGCCCAAAUCAAGCUCUUACAGUCUGCCUGCAACAGCUAUUGUAUGACCCCAGACCCAAAGUUCAUCCAGUGGUUCCAGAGGCAGCAGCUCCUAACAGAGGAGGAGAGCUACGCCCUCUCCUGUGAGAUCGAAGCGGCUGCCGAUGCCAGUGCCACCUCUCCCAAGCCUCGGAAGAGCAUGGUGAAGAGGCUCAGCCUACUGUUUCUGGGGUCGGACAUUAUCACCAGUAGCACUCCCACCAAAGAACAGCCCAAGUCCACUGCCAGCGGGAGCUCUGGUGAGAGCAUGGACUCUGUCAGUGUGUCAUCCUGUGAGUCAAAUCACUCAGAGGCGGAGGAGGGCUCCAUCACUCCCAUGGACACACCUGAUGAGGCUCAAAAAAAGCUCUCCGAGUCCUCUUCCUCAUGUUCCUCCAUCCACUCUAUGGACACAGCUUCCUCAGGGAUGUCGUCCUUGAUGAACCCCCUCUCCUCCCCUCCGCCCUGCAACAACAACCCGAAAAUCCACAAGCGCUCUGUCUCUGUGACAUCCAUUACCUCGACAGUGCUGCCCCCCGUUUACAACCAACAGAACGAAGACACCUGCAUAAUCCGCAUCAGCAUAGAGGACAACAAUGGCAACAUGUACAAGAGCAUCAUGUUGACGAGCCAGGAUAAAACUCCCGCCGUGAUCCAGAGGGCGAUGUUGAAGCACAAUCUGGACUCGGACCCGGCUGAGGGGUACGAGCUGGUACAGGUCAUCUCGGAGGACAAAGAACUCGUGAUCCCAGACUCGGCAAAUGUCUUCUAUGCCAUGAACAGCCAAGUGAACUUUGACUUCAUCUUACGCAAAAAGAAUUCUGUGGAAGAGCAAGUAAAACUUCGUAGCCGGACCAGCCUGACGUUGCCCAGGACAGCCAAACGGGGCUGCUGGAGCAACAGACACAGCAAAAUCACCCUCUGAAAGGAGAGACCAGUGGCCCCUUGCUUGCCAAAGGCAGGGUGGGGCUGAGAACAGGCCGUGGUGAUUGCAGCUACCACCCAGUGUUAGAGGAUCAUUGGUGAGGUGGACAGAUAUUUAUUGAGUACCUCUGGUGUGCAAGGCACUAUGACAGGCGUCGUGGGGAAAUCGGAGAUGAACUUGACACGAAAAGGAUGAUUCUCUUUGACCUGAGACCGAAAUGCAAAAUUACCCACAUUUAUAAAUAUAUAUGUAUGUACACAUAUUUGGUAUGUGUGUGUAUAUAUAUAAAUAUGAGGGACUUAUGGGAUAUUCUGGACUAUGGAGAAACAAAUUUGCACAAUGGCCUGGGAAGUCGAGGUCACUUUUUACAGGGAACUAGAAGGAACUGAGAACCUCGUCUCAUACCUUCCAAGUAAACGGAAUCAACCCUAGGAAUACAGAGUGUCCUUUAUGCCAGUAUUAUAAGCAGUCCAAACUAUUUUUAUAAAGGGAGAGGAUUACUUUCUCGAUCAAGUGCCACCAGAAAAGAACAACCGCAGAGGCGGGAACUGCCACGGGCUGAAUGAAAGGCCUCCUCGGAAAGGCUUUGGAUGAGCCAGUGGCUUUGACCUCUGCUUGCAUCGGCCAAUUUCUGCUACCCCAGGGAGGGCUAGGAGCAGCUUUGGAGGACUGUCUGAGCCACUGGUCCAGCCGUUGUGACACCUCUGGAGGCAACACAAGCCCAUUUUGAUUUCUGGCAACUUCAUUGUUUGUUUCCCCCCCCCCCUAAAGAACAUAUCACAAUCAUUCUUGCACAUACAGCCAUGUUCUUUGGUAACUUAUCAGCCAGAAAGGAAAGCACAAAAGGAGGAUGACUCAUGUGGACUCUGAUCUGUCUCGGAAUGCCACUACUUCAUUGUUUUUUUCUGAUUGCCUUUUGCAUGUGAAACUACAUGUCUGCAGUCUUUUGCCAUCUGGAUCGCAGUACCUCUAUAUUACGUGCAAUUUGUUCCUCAGGUGUAGAAAUUCCUACUGCGAUUGACUAUAACUGAUGAUUUUGAGCCUGUGAACGACUUCUGAACAGCGAUUGCUCUGUGAUUAGCCCCUCGGAAGAUGUUCACUGCUGAGAGCAGUGUCCUGUUUUACUUAUUAACUUUUAUAGCCUUCCUGUGCCUAGUCAUGGGGAAAGAAAUGGGGCUCCGUAUAUUAUCCAACUCGUUUCUAAAGAGGUACAUUCUUCCAGAUGGAAUCAAUAACUUUUUUUUUUUUCAGGUUU